AUGCAGACUCGUCUGCAAUCACGACCUGAUGAACCCAAUCUAAUACUCCAGGCACCAAAUUGCACAACUCCAUUAUGGGGUGUGUGGGAAAUGUGGUGCGUUGUACCAGACCCUGUUAGCGGCAUGCAAACCAACGCCAGUGUUCGCGGUAGUGCAAUCAAGGGGUCUGCAUCACCAAAGAGCAAAGGGAAGACCAACACCAUGUGGUUGGAUCAAGUGCGCAGUAUUGGUCUCUUUGACAACGCUGAGGGAUUCUGGGGAAUUGUUUCUUGCACGUUGCCACCAUCGCAAAUGCCACCGGGCAUCACCUACUACAUGCUCCGGCGAAACAUUGCCCCCAUGUGGGAACACGAGGCAAACCGACGUGGCGGUCGCUGGGUGAUUCGUUUCCAGGAACCAGAACAGCAACAGCAACAUCAUCAGCAACAACAACAACAACAACAACAAAGGAAAGCAACCUCUCUCUUUGGAUCUGCAAAGGAGGAGGAGAAAAAGGAGGGGGACGGACCUAGUUCCCCCACGCCGCGUGUCGAUGAAGCUUGGGAGACUCUGUGCAUCGCGCUGAUUGGGGAACAGCUUCCUUGUGACGAGACGGAGAUCUGUGGUGCAGCACUGCGGCGUGCAGAACGGCGUCGUGAGUGGAAGUUGAGUCUCUGGACACGCAACGCGUCGGACCGUGACACACAAGAGCGCAUAGGCCAAUUUGUGAAGUCCCUACUACACUUAGAGAAUGGUGCCAUGCAGUACCUAUCGCAUCGAGAGUUAAUGCAGGCAAGCGAGGAAGGAUGCUGGAGGACACCGUCCAAAUAUGAGUUGUAA